AUGCAAGAAGAACAGCCACAGCUCAGCAAAGUACUCCAGCUGAACCGUCCAACCCUAGGUGAAGAUGGCAAAGAGAUCAGACUCAUCACACUCCGAUGGGUCGAAGUCAAGCCUCAGCAAAGCGAGACAAGUGAGCUCGAAGUGCACGACGCUUUGAGCUGCGACCUCGAGAACUGUCCUUUCCACGGCCAUGAUGCUUUGCCAGGUGUGGGCGACUCCGCUGCCCAUCUUCCUCCAGCCAACAGCUACGUAGCGCUGAGCUACACGUGGAAUCAAGAUGGACAUGUCAAAGAUCUGAAAGUCAAUGGUCACACCGUCAGCAUUGGUAAAAACCUCGCAGAUGCUAUCCAGGUGUUCCAGCGAACUCACCUAGCCAAGGACGGCUACAAACUCUGGGCGGAUGCACUUUGUAUUGACCAGAGCAGUAUCAUCGAGCGAAAUCGUGAAGUGCCUCGCAUGCGUGAGAUCUACCAGCGAGCAAGAUAUGUGUUCAGUUGGCUGGGUCCGGCCGAAGAUGAUAGCGAUCUGGUUCUGGACUUCGUUAAUGGACUCAGCGCUGUCUGGAAUGCUAACGAACAGAGCGCGAGAAGUUUCUUGCAAACAACUCUUACAGCUCAAGGUCACCGCUUAUUUAAAGCAAUGACGAGGUUCAUCCAACGUCGGUACUGGUUGCGCGUUUGGGUCAUACAAGAGCUGGCUCUCGGCUCGGACGACAGCCUAAUAUUCUGCGGCAAUCGAAGCACAACAUGGGGCAACAUCCUGCUGACUUAUCGAGCUUGCAACCUGCGGCUUCGAGAAUUUGGCAGUGCGCUCGCAGAUGUCUUCCAAGAUGAGUUCACAAAGCUACCUUCCAAUGUCCGCGAGCACUACUGGCGAGAAAUGAUCUACUGGCAAUGGGGCAAAGUUGAGGCGUUCAGCGAGAUCCAGGAGCAAGUUCGAGCAGGAAACCCGAUCCUAACCAAGCUCGUUGUCAGCCGGACUCGACACAGUGGAUGCACGAGGCCCGAAGACAAGGUUUACGGUGUGCUAGGGCUCCUCAAUAAGAGCAUAUCCUCGCGUUUACAUACCGACUACAGCUUGCCUUACAUUGAUACGUAUCGCAUGUUCGCAAGAGCGUGCAUCGAAGGCGAGCAAAACCUCGAAGUCCUACACUGGUGUGGUAACGAUUCGUGGACCACGGGACACACGCGACCUUUCGAAGAGGACCAGCCUUCUUGGGUGCCGGACCUGAGCUUCUCCAAGAGAGUCAUGAAUGCACGACACGAGCCAGAUUACAAUGCCCAUGGAGCUACCAAGCCGGAAGUAUCGUUCCCUGACGAUGGUCGCGUUUUAACCGCCAAAGGUGUUUUGUUCGACAUCCUCGACGGCGUCGGCGGCAACAGAGUUCGAGAAGACGACUUCAGCCAAGCCAACGACAUAGUCUCCUCAACAUCGAACGCCAACGGCUAUGGUAGUACUGAGGCGGCGGCGGAAGCUUUCUGGCGGGCGUUGCUGGGCAACCGAGAUCGCGCCGGCCAGACCGCACCAGCUAGCUACUCAUGCUUGCUCGACUCCUUGAUCAUGGAAGACCCUGCUUCAUCACCACCACCGGACGACAGUGAGUUUCCGCAAGAUCUCUUGUGGCACGUGCACCUUUUCUUCAAGCGUCAUGCCGACUUCGUGCUCUGCGGACGACCGCUGAGAGACUACUUCCGAGACCAUGGGUCGUUUGCAGACGCACCAGAUCGCCGCGUGGCGUUGAUCGAGCACUUCAGGACCGAAGGCGAGCAGUACUUUAACCCUUUCAGGCGCAUGAUGGAUUUUAUGUGGUCGCGGCGUUUCGCGCAGACCAAGGACGGCUACAUUGCUGUCGUACCCAACUUGGCGAAGCCGGGGGAUGUGAUUGCUGUGCUGUAUGGCAGCAGUUAUCCUAUCCUCUUGCGGCCAUUCAGGGGCAAGUAUAAGGUAGUGGGGCAUUGCUUUGUGCAAGGUAUCAUGGAUGGUGAAGUGCUUGACAUGAUCGCUAGUGGGGUGAUGAGCGCUGUCGAUGUUCACAUGAGCUGA